UUAUAAAUGUGUCAAACGCGGAGCUCGCACAGCGUCCCCGGGGCUCCGUGCGUGACACCGACAUACCGGAACACCAUGCAACCCGACACGACCACGGACACGUUCGAGUGCGCGCGUAACAUGGAUGCGCGUGUUUACUGAAGCCAAAAACACAACUCGGAUUACGCUCGGACCGGAGUCGGAGCAGAACUUCUUCUUCUUCUUCGUCGUCGUCUUUGUUGUUCUUCGUUACGAGUUCACGUCGCGUACGUCCAGGUAAAUCCAGAGAGGAUGACGGAGCGCGCCCCCUGGUGGAAGGCCUUCCUGCCCAAGAAGAAGAGCGGCUCGAAGGAGUCCCACGCCAUCGGCCCGGACUUCGACCCCUGGGCCCCGCGUCAGGACAAGCCCCGGGACCCCGCCCACCCCAAGGCCGACCCCGCCGACCGCCCCGCCGACCGCCCCGCCCUGGACAGCGACGAGCGCUACGACGACUCGCACAUGGAGUCCGUGUUCAACGAGAAGACCUGCCGCAGGAACAUGAACGUGAGCCGCUCGGGCAGGUUCAAGGAGAAGAGGAGGGUGAGGAAGAGUCUGCCCAUCCAGGACGGAGGCGCCAAAGAGGAGGUGCGGUGAUGGGACCGGAGUCCUCGCCGACCGCGCGCCCAGACAAGACUGUUUACUCUGUGUACAUGUGUGAAGAAGAACGGACCGAUGAAGUGCGCCCGCCCGCCCGCCGCCGCGUAGGGACCAAACCGGCUCCGACCGCGAGACCCGGACAAAUACUCGGACUUGAGAAGAUAUCCAUGGGUUUCAGAACGAGGGGGAGUUUUAGGACUGUUGCCGUCGCGAUUUAAAUGAAAUAUUAGAUCUUUUGAAAAGCGAAAAGUCCUGAAAAUGUCUCCCAGAACACGAAGCUGAAACCCAUGAAUAUUUACAAUGUUUAGUUUGUCUCUAGUUUUACGAAGCGAGUCAAAAAUCUGCAAAAUGAGCUGAAAAACUUUUGGACUUUGACAGGACCUCGAUCAAGAAGGAAGCGUGGCGACGGAACCAGCGACCGCACACGCCCAAGACUGUUUACAAUGAAGGAAGGGGCUGACCAAGCGCCCUCUGCUGGGAGUGGGGGGGGGGGGGGUGUAACACAAUCACAAUAUGAAGUCAGGUUGGACCCCGUCACAAAGAGUCAGUCAGGAGACAUUUAAAAAAUCAUCAUUCAGUGUUUAAAGGACACAUAUUAUGCAAAAUGUAGUUGGUUUACGCUUCAUUUACGCUGGUUUCAAACUUUCAGUAAUCCGCUUUAAAAAGUCUCUUGCUUCUGAACCUUAAAGAAUAUACGGUUUGAAUUUUCCUUGGAUUGUUGCGUCGUAGGUAAAACUAGUCUGACUGAUUGUUGUCGAUUGUUUAGAAUCCAGGCGAGGAAAUUCAAUUUGUCAACUGGACAAACGUUUAUUUUGGUCAAAAACAGGGUUUGGCGGUAAUACGGUGUUGCGUAUCCCACGGUAUCAAAAUGUAGCAACAGUAUCAGCUUCAUUACUGAAAUAAAAAAAAAUCUGCAGUGCGUAAGGACCUAAUAUAAUUUUGCAAUUUAUUGAUACCUAAAUUUGUUUUAUCAGCACAAAUGACUGUGGUUGUAUUUUUAGUUUAAUGCAUCACAAUUUAAAACUAAUAGUGUCUAUAAUGUUUCCUUUAACUGCGCGGGGAGACGAUGUUCGAUUAAUUUCGAUUAAUUUUCAAUCCGUUGUAACGUGACGCUCAUAAGAGAGACUAAGGCAAGUCCAGCCAUAAGAGAGUUGGUCCAAAAAAAAAAAAAAACUAAUUCUUUUGCAGUUUGGCAGCAUUUUAGCUUCAGGUGCACAUUUAUUUCUGUUUUUCAGAAAUGAAACUUAAAACCACAUGACUCAUUUGCAUAAAGUAUAAAGUGCCGAUUAAAAACAGCUCUUUUCGUGUGCGCUGAUGUGGUUCAGUUUCUGUCGGACUAAAGGACACGACUCAGUGGAAUAUGAGUGUUCUUUCUGUGACAGAGGAUGUGCUGCUGAUGGUGAGUCUGUUCUGUGCGUGUUUCGCCUUGGAGAUGGUUCAUGUUAAACUUUUCAGAGAUUUUACGUCUGCAGGUCAUAGGCAUAGACCAUAUAGUGGUGCGACUUCGUAGUUUACCAAAGUCGUACUAAAACAUUUUGGUAACGCAGUGAUACCGUAUGCCCCGCUAAAAUCCUGAGAAGGUUUAACGGAUCAAAAUUUGGAUACCGCCCAACAUUAGUCGAAAACGUAACCUAAACCUAACCUGAAUAGACAUUUGUCCAGUUGACAAAUUGGAUUUCUCCUUUGCCGUGGAUUCUGCCUGGACGACUGAGGGAUUCUUCUUCCCCACGUCUUUAGAAUCCAGAGAAACCGGCGGCCGAUAAGCUCCGCCGAUAUUUUUGGGCCGAUAUGCAGGGCCGAUUUUUAAUCAACGACAAACUCACCAACAGCUUUCUUUUUUUUUUUUGUCACAAAUCUUCAAAAGGGCUGCGUACUCACAUUUUGAGCCAUUAUCUAUUUGCAUUAUUGUUGCCAUAGCGAUUUGAAUGAAGUAUUCGAUCUUUUGAACGGUGAAAAGUGCCCAAACUGUGACCCAUAACAAUGUUUAGUAUGUCACAAGUUUUAGGACGCCAGACAAAAAUCUGCAAAAUGAGCUGAAAACCAAGAACUUCAUCAGGACCACGAAGAAUAUAUUUUUUUAUCUAUGUAUUUUUUUACUUAAGUACAGUAAUUAUCUGUAAAAAGUCCUUUUUUGGCCUCAAAGAAUUCACAGUUUGAAUUUUCCUUGGAUUGUUGCGUCAUAGGUAAAAACCCUAUCCAGUUUUUAAGUGCGUAAAUCAAAUUGCCAGCCUCGCUCUGAGCAUUUCUGUCGUCAAACUGCGCUCAUUAUAAUUGCGUGCCACAGUCAGGCAUGUCCGGGCAUGUUCGUCAUUAUCUAAGACGAUUGAAGGAGCAAGAAAUAACUGUAUUAAUAUAUACUAGUAUUUUUAUUUAUGUUUUUUUAAUGUUCGUCCUUAUGUUAAAAUAAAUCAUUGUAAUAAUAAUGUGAGAAUAUGAAGCUGGGGCCUGAAAAGUUUGCGAAUCCUUUUUUUACAACGCCAUUUAUUUAUUUCCAAAUCCAUGAAAUGCCAAAAGUAAAGGUGCUCAGAAAUGUUUAAAAGGCCAAUAACAACAAAACAAAUGCAUAAUAUGUGUCCUUUAAAGAAACUCCACGCUCUUGUCGUACUUUUAUAUUUUGUCCAAUCGCGCUCCCCAGAAACGACCAGCUCCACAAACUGUUUACACUGUGAUGAAGAAGAAGAAGAUGAAGAUGAAGACGGCUCUAAAACGUGCAGGAAGUGUCCGUGUGACGCGCUUUCAGAUCAGGGUGUAGAGUCAAAUUUAAAAUCCACAUUAUUUGUCCAAGAGCUGAAUAAAAAACGCAAAUAAAUGUAAUAAUUAUAAUAGACGUCAACGUAGAAAAGCACAACUACUCGACAGCACAACUGAAAUUAAUGUUUUUGCAGAAGGCCUAUUGAUACUUUGCAGCUGAUAUCGUCAAUAUUCUCUGGGGGUGUGGCGCUAACUGAAGGCACUGCCCUGUCAGAAGCUUUGUUAGACUUUAAUCUGAGCUUUACACUGAACAAAAACAAUAUCUAGGUCAAUUAAAAUGACUUAAAUUAAGACUUUAUUUGAGUCGAUUCAACUUGACAAGUCAAAUGAUCUACAACUGGAAUAAGAGUGUUUUUCGUAAUUCAAGCAACGUUCGAUUUUGUUUCUUAUUUUAAGUGCAAAAAGUUGAGUUUUAAGUGUAGACAGAUGUGUUUUUAUGUUUGAAGUACAAAAAGUCUUGUUCCGUCGGCGGAUCUUUUUACUUGUCAAGUGAAAUUUACUCAAAUCAUGAUCAAACUUUCUUACUUCAAUUCGUCUUAACUUGACAAUCUGAGCAGAAAGAGUUGACUUAAUUGAAACUACAGCAGGUGAGCUGAUUUGUGCUCUUAAACACAUUUCUUAAAACACGCGGGACUCUAGUUCGAGCCCCCCAUGUCAUCCAAG